GCCCGCUCUUCCCGCCGCCGCGUCUGCCUUCCCCGGCGCCUCGGGGAGCGGCGGGAGGGCAGCAGCGACCGAGCGAGCCCGCCGGCGCAGGGGCGGAGCGCCAGCCCUGACAGCGGGGGCGGGGGGAGAGCGCGCGCGUCACGAAGGAGCGAGCGAGAGCCGGGGAGCCGGGGACCGGGCGGCCAUGGCCUACGCGUAUCUCUUCAAGUAUAUCAUCAUCGGGGACACAGGUGUUGGGAAAUCAUGUUUAUUGUUACAGUUUACAGACAAGCGGUUUCAACCAGUUCACGAUCUCACUAUUGGUGUAGAAUUUGGGGCUCGAAUGAUAACUAUUGAUGGAAAACAGAUAAAGCUUCAGAUAUGGGAUACGGCAGGGCAGGAGUCCUUCCGUUCCAUUACAAGAUCAUACUACAGAGGGGCAGCAGGGGCUUUACUAGUGUAUGACAUUACAAGGAGGGACACUUUCAACCACUUGACAACUUGGUUAGAAGAUGCUCGUCAGCAUUCCAACUCCAACAUGGUUAUAAUGCUUAUUGGAAAUAAAAGUGAUUUAGAAUCUAGACGAGAAGUCAAGAAAGAGGAAGGUGAAGCAUUUGCACGAGAGCAUGGACUCAUCUUUAUGGAGACAUCUGCCAAAACUGCUUCCAAUGUAGAGGAGGCAUUUAUUAACACUGCAAAGGAGAUCUACGAGAAAAUCCAGGAAGGAGUUUUUGACAUUAAUAAUGAGGCAAAUGGCAUAAAAAUUGGCCCUCAACAUGCUGCUACUAAUGCGACACUUGCAGGCAAUCAGGGAGGACAACAAGCUGGAGGAGGCUGCUGUUGAGCCUGUUUUUACUUUCUAGCUGCCUGGAUGGGGCCUACUAACUUGUUUGUUCACCCUUCCCUUCCCCCCCCGCCCCGCUCGCCUCCACUUCAAUUCAACUGAGACAUGAAACUUGUAAGUUGGUUUCCUGUUGCAGAAGACUUUAUCCUUCAAAUUCUUGUAUAACUUUGAAUAAAUGGUUAAUGUUCACUUAAA